AUUUAAAAAAAAUUAACUUCGAAAAGGAUAAUCAUGAAAUAGAAGAAGAACGGGGUUGUACAAGUAAACAUGGCGGUGCAAAGUAGCAAUUCCAUUUCUUCUCCUAUAGUUAACAACCAAAACCUUCAUUCAUCUCUUCCUCUUCAACAUGGAUCCGCCGAACCAGAAACCUCUCGAAAUCCACUUCGUCACCACCACCGACUCACCCGAGUUCACUCACCUAACUCGUUCCCUAACUCAAACUUCCCUCGUCGGACUCGACGCCGAGUGGAAGCCCGUUCGAACUCACCAAAACUCAUUCCCCACCGUCUCACUCCUCCAAAUCGCGUGUCAACUCGGCGACGACGAAGUCGUCUUCCUCCUCGACCUUAUCUCCCUCCCUCUCUCUUCAAUAUGGGAACCUCUCCGAGAAAUGCUGGUUUCCGCAGAUAUCUUGAAGCUUGGAUUCAGAUUCAAACAAGAUUUAGUUUACUUAUCUUCUACCUUUUGUGAACAGGGAUGCAAUCCCGGUUUCGAUAAGGUUGAACCGUAUUUGGAUAUUACGAGUGUGUACAAUCAUCUUCAGUUUAAGAAAAACGGAAGGAUUGCAUCAAAGCAGAAUAAGAGUUUGUCAACUAUUUGUGGAGAAUUGUUGGGGAUCACAUUAUCUAAGGAGCUCCAAUGUAGUGAUUGGUCACAACGUCCUCUUACAGAAGAGCAGAUGACAUAUGCAGCUAUGGAUGCUCAUUGCUUGCUCGGAAUAUUUAAGGUCUUUCAGGCAACGGUUGCCAAAGAAGGAGAGUUGGUUAACAAGACCAAUAUAUUAUCCAUUCGAAGUGCAAAUCUUGGGUUGAAAGAGCUUUUCAGGAAGCACGAUACGAGUGAUAAAGUUCAUAGCACACAAUUUUGUGAGGCUUUGGCAAUUGUCCAAGCCACUUCUUGUUCUGAUGUUGUUCGGGUGAUAUCUUCAGCAGGGGCAGUGAUUCAAAAGUCAUCAUGUAGGGAUACUAAGCCAAUGGAUGAGUUUUUGUUGAAAAUUGUCAGAAAACAUGGUGAUAGGAUUUUGCUAAAGGAGUCAGACAGAGCGCCCAAGACCUCAAAAAAGAAACGGAAGAAGCAAUUGCCAAUUAAUGGGAUUCCCAAAGAAAAACAUUUAGAGAACUUUGACGAGUGGCAAGGUACUGCACCUUGGGAUCCUUUAGUUGGGGGAGAUGGAUUUCCAAAGUUCCUCUGUGAUGUUAUGGUUGAAGGCUUGGCAAAACAUUUACGUUGUGUUGGGAUAGAUGCUGCAGUUCCUUCUUCAAAGAAGCCUGAACCAAGGGAAUUAAUAACGAAAGCACAAAAAGAGAAAAGAGUGCUUUUGACACGGGAUGCAAAGUUACUAAGACAUGACUAUCAAAUAUAUAAAGUGAAGAGUCUUCUAAAAAAUGAACAGCUUCUUGAGAUUAUUGAAACUUUCCAACUAAAUAUUAACGAAGAUCAGCUAAUGUCAAGAUGCACAAAAUGCAAUGGAAGGUUUAUUCAGAAGCCACUUUCAACUGAAGAGGCUAUUGAAGCAGCAAAGGGUUUCCAAAAAAUACCAAAUUGCUUAUUUAACAAGAAUUUAGAGUUUUGGCAAUGUAUGGACUGUCAUCAACUUUAUUGGGAGGGAACCCAGUAUCAUAAUGCAGUACAGAAGUUCGUUGACAUUUGCAAGUUGAGCGAUUAAUUUAAACUUCGUCAAGGAUGUGCUCGUGAGUAAUGGUGCCACUGAAUACAUUUUGUUUGAAGAAAAAUGUCAUCAGUGGUUGAAUGUAAUUGUGCAAUCAAUCCGUGUACAAUUAGUUUAUACAUGAUUAAUUUAAACUUUGUCGAGGAUGUGCACGUGAGUAAUGGUGCCACUGAAUACAUUUUCUUUGAAGAAAAAUGUCGUCUGCGGUUGAAUGUAAUAGUGCCACUAAAUACAUUGUCUUCGAAGAAAAAUGCCUUCACUUAACUGUUUUUGCUGUAUAAUCUACUUAUUAAACUAUUUAAUUUCAACGGAAGUGCUUUAGACCACAUCCGGGAUUACUUAAA